UGCGUCAUCAGAGAGCGACCGCAGCAUCAGAAUGCUGACAUGGCCGCGUCCGUGGAGCUGAGACUCACUUUAUGGAUCUGUUUUGUCUUUAUUUUGGGGUUUUCUUCGGUCGCCGCGCUCAUCGAGGGACUGUAUUGCGGGACUCAGAGUUGCUAUGACGUGCUUGGGGUUUCGCGCGAGUCCAGUAAAGCGGAGAUCGGUCGCGCGUACCGUCAGCUGGCCCGAAAAUACCACCCGGACCGGUACCAGCCCGGAGAGACCGGAGACACCCGCGACACCGCGCAUCAAAAGUUUCUGCUCGUCGCUACCGCUUACGAGACACUCAAGGAUGAAGAGUUACGCAAGGACUAUGACUACAUGCUGGACCACCCAGAGGAAUAUUACAGCCACUACUACACCUACUACAGGAGAAGACUUGCUCCCAAAGUAGACGUUAGGAUAGUGAUUCUCGUAACUAUUUGUGCAAUCUCACUGUUUCAGUAUUACAGCUGGUGGAGUAGCUACACAGAAGCCAUCAACUACCUGAUGACCGUUCCCAAAUAUCGCAUCCAGGCCGCCGAACUGGCCAAGCAGCAAGGCCUCCUGAACAGAACCAAAGAGAAGGGGAAGAACCGGCGGUCCAAAGAGGAGAUCCGCGAGGAAGAGGAGCAGAUUAUCCGAGACAUCAUCAAGAACAAGAUCGACAUCAAAGGUGGCUAUCAGAAGCCCAACGUUUCUGACAUUCUGCUGUGCAAGAUCCUUCUGUUCCCGUACCAUCUGUGCACCUUCGUGGCGUGGCACUGCUCCUGGUUCUACCGCUUCUCCAUCCGUGGGGAGGAGUAUGGGGACGAGGAGAGACUGUACAUCAUCCGCAAGAACAUGAAGAUGUCGCAGGCGCAGUUUGACAGUCUGGACAGCGGCCUGAUAGAGACUUUCCUGAAGCAGAAGCUCUGGAUCAAAGACAAUUAUGAGGCCUACCGAGAGGAGCAGGAGGAGGAGAUGAAGAUGAAGAUGGCCACAGACUCGCGAUGGAAACGCUACAGGCGCUGGAUGAGGAGCGAGGGUCCCGGACGCAUCACUUUCGCUGACGAUUGACCACACACACACACACACACACAGUGCCGUCCCGUGUGUGUGUAAUAACACUCGUUUACAAUGGACUGGCGAUGUGCACCUGAUUCAUAAGCCUGCCUUUUCUCAUAUGAUAUAUAAGACUAUAAAGGCGAUUUGAUUGUACCUAUGGAGGAUCAUGUGACUUUUCCAUGUGCAUAAGAGGAUCAAUUGAGACCGUUUUUCGAA